GUUUCCAAAACUAGCGGCACUUGUGCCUGCUAACUGCAGGCAGUCCACUGGUUCGCCAUGGGUCAGAAGUGCUGCACUCAGCGGAAGGAUGAAGUUGGCGCCGGAAGCAAAGAUGGCAAGGCACAAGACAUGGGUUCAAGGAAGUCAGUGGCCGGUGGCAGCUAUGACAAGAAGAGGGCCAUCUCCAUUGGAUACCAUUCCAAGGGUGAUGAUUCCGAAAAAUCCGACAAGGCCUUUGAAACCAACGAUCUGAAGGCGUUCGUGGAGUUGCUCGCUUCCGAACAGGCCAUUGAGUCCUUUGAUGAGCGGAUGCACCCAUGGGCUGAAGACCCCAAGACUGUGGGCGCCUUGGCUGGCACCCAAUUGGCCAUUUUGGCCUCAGCCGCGGAACAGGCAGAGGGGAACAAACAGAUCAAACAUGACAUCAGGAAUGCGGGUGCUAUACCUCCCUUGGUGGACUUUCUGAAGUCUGAACAAAACGACCGUGUCCAAACAGCUGUGGUGGCCUUGAGUUUCCUCACGGCAGAUUGCAAGGAGAAUGUGGUUGCGGCCUUUGAGGCCGGUGCCCUGGAAUUGAUGCUGAAGUUGGUGGACUCUUCUGUGGCAGGUGAACGGGCGGCUGCAGCAACUACUCUCCGAAACAUCUGUGUGGAAGAUGACAAGUACCGCAAGAGUUUCGUGGAACUUGGAGGGAUUUUGGCACUGGUGAACCAAUUGGACACCAAAGCUGACCCAGCUUUGAAUCAUGCAGAUGUCCAACUGGAGGCUGUGCUCAACUUGCAAGACAUGGUGGAAACGGAUGAUGGGCAGACCAUUCCCGAGUAUGCCAGUUUGGCAGUGAAAGCUGGGGCAAUUCCAAAACUCCAAGCAUUGGAAAAAUCCGACGAUGAAGAAGUGAGGACUUCCGCCACAGAGGUCCUUGAGUCACUCCGAGACUUUGCAUGAUUCGCCAUGAUUGGCCAUGAGCUGCGCUGAACUCAUCUGAACUCUAGCGGAUUCUUCGUGCGGGAACAGGUCCCAAAUGGUCCCAAAUUCCAAGACUCCAAGACUUGCC